AUUAUUUUUGCUUCGUUAACGAGACGAUGGACCGUGAAGCCGAAGAGUAGCUCUCCAUCUUUAUUUGAGUUGGAUUUGGCGCGCCCAGUCUCCGCUCUCCGAAAUCGGCAGCCAGAAUGAGAGAUUCUCCAGAUGUUUUGGUACACAAGAUGAAUGACGCUAAUAAUAAGGCCAUCAAGGUUUCUACAACAUUUAAUGUCGGAGAGAAUAAGGAGUUUGAUUUUAUACGUACCUUGUACGAAGGUGCUAUAGCUGGAGGUGCUGCUGGUCUCGUUGUAGAAGCUGCUCUAUAUCCAAUUGAUACCAUAAAAACUCGUCUACAGGCCGUUCGUGGAGGAGGGAAAAUUGUACUCAAGGGACUUUAUUCUGGAUUGGCUGCAAAUCUUGUUGGGAUGUUACCUGCCACUGCCAUGUUUGUUGGUGUAUAUGAACCUACCAAACAGAAAUUGCUGAUAUCUCUCCCUGAAAACCUCAAUGCUUUAGCUCAUUUGACUGCAGGUUUCAUAGGCGGCGUGGCUUCUUCACUCAUCCGCGUGCCAACAGAGGUAGUUAAGCAAAGGAUGCAGACUAGCCACUUUGCUUCUGCAUCGAAUGCUGUCCACGUUAUUGUUUCAAGGGAAGGUUUUAGAGGUCUUUAUGCGGGGUAUGGAUCUUUCUUAUUGCGAGAUUUGCCAUUUGAUGCCAUUCAGUUCUGCAUUUACGAACAACUUAGGAUAGGGUACAAGCUAGCGGCGCAAAGAGAUCCAGAUGAUCCUGAGACUGCUAUAAUUGGUGCUUUCGCUGGUGCUAUUAGUGGGGCCGUAACCACUCCUCUUGACGUGAUAAAAACCAGAUUAAUGGUUCAGGGAUCAAAUAGCCAAUACCAAGGUAUUCAUGAUUGUUGUAGGACUAUAAUGAGGGAAGAAGGAGCACGUGCCUUUUUAAAGGGGAUAGGGCCAAGGGUGCUAUGGAUAGGGUUAGGAGGCGCUUUAUUUUUUGGCGUUCUUGAAAAGACAAAGCAAAUGCUUGCUAGCAAGAGGCGUCCACCGCCUGAGAAAACCUUCGAGCCGUGAGGUUCACCUUCUAUUUCGUCUUUAAAUUUUAAGCACUGCACGGCUCAACUUCCUAAUUUUAUUUGUUAGACUAAAUAAAAAUAGUUUGAUUUGUUUGCCUGUCAUAAUUUUCAUUGCCAGCACCGAAACAUGGGCCAGGUAUCUCUCUAAACUUUCCUAUUAAAUUA